AUGCUGAAUAAAGUUCGCUGGUUCGACGAGGUCGAGCCAGCGAACCCGUCCAACAUGGCAGCUCCCUUCGUCAGACGAGAACGGGAGAAGACUUACUGGAAGUGUGUAUAUGUCGGAUGCCUUGCCACUGUAACUACUCAAGGAAAAAACGUGACCGAAGGUAAGCCUCAUGUGAUCCACACCAAGGAGGAGGCAGCCAAACAAUUACAUAGUGACUCCCUAACCUGGAAAAUUCGUGAACGAGUGACGGCGGAACCUCAUACAUCCAUCCCUCUCAUCUAUCGGGAGGAAGCAGGGAAACGUCACCUGGACGAUCCCGAUGCUUCUGAAUUCACGCCCCCUUUCCAAACCAUCAAAUCCGUAAGGUUGUCAUCUUCGCAACCACCGAAAAUUUGGAUCGCCUCUGCAAAGCAGACGAAGUGUUCAUGGAUGGGACAUUCUCAGUGGCUCCUCAACCCUUUGUCCAACUUUACUCACUACGUCACCACUCCAAGAGGCAAAAUUGGAUCUCAUGAAGGAUCACUCUCCAUGCCAGUUGUCUUUGCUUUUCUCCCCGACAAGCGCAUGGACACCUAUCGCAAAUUAUUUCAAGCUCUACUGGAAAUUUGCACCAAGGCAGGCCUUUCUUUCAGUCCCAAGUUAUUUCUCUUGGACUUUGAGAGAGGUGUCAUCACUACAUUACAGCUGAUCUUCCCUUCUGCGAUGGUCAAAGGUUGCUAUUUUCACUUCACUCAGGCCAUAUACAGGAAGGUCCAGGAACAUGGCAUUUCAGGACCUUUCAUGAAGUCCAAAGAAGUGAAGCUGUCGAUCAGAAGAAUUAUGGCUCUCCCUUUCAUCCCGUUGGAAAGCAUCGAUGACGUCUACCUUUGGAUUAUUGCAGAAGCACCAUCCUUAUCUGGAGUCCAGGAGUUCCUGGACUAUUUGGUUGAAACGUGGAUUGAUGAUAUAAAUCCUCGAUUUCAUCGUUCCGAGGAACAGAACAUCGAUGAAAUGCAUUUGAGGAAGAAAGCGUCCCCAGGAGAUAACUCGAGCAACAAAUACAUCCAGAGGAAGGUCGGAAUCUCCAAAGCCGAGGACGACCUUUUGCUUGGCGCAAUUGACGUCAGAAGGUUCACAGAUCGAAUCGUGCAGCUUUAUAAGCCGAAGAUUUUCUCCUGA